ACCUGAUGGGCGCUGUAGUUUGGUCUCCUGGAGGGAGAGGGCGGGAGUGUCACGGCGUCUUGCUCUUAGGCCUCGGGCGUGUCGCCGGGCAGUGUCAAAGCGCUGGGGUGGGCUGGCUCUAGGCCCAGCGCUCCCUCAAUGGCUGCAGCCUGGCUGCCGGGGAGCGCUGCUCGCCCUGCCGGUGUGUGAGGGGCCGUGUGCCCGGGGACCUGGCUCUGGGCGCGCGGAGAGGAUGAGGGGGCGGUGCGGAAAAGGGGCCCGGACGGUGGUGCUGGCGGCUCUGGUGCUGCUGCUGGCUUCCACUCGCUGGGAAGGUGCGAAGGCGCGUCCUGUGGCCUGGGGACACCUCGGCGCUGGCAGCAGCCAGAGGGCGCGCAACGUGGUGAUGGUGAUGUGCGAUGCCUUUGAUGGAAGGUUGACAUUUUAUCCAGGAAAUCAGACCGUGAUCCUACCUUUUAUAAAUUUCAUGAAAAGAUAUGGCACGGUUUUUCUCAAUGCCUACACCAAUUCUCCAAUAUGCUGUCCUUCUCGUGCAGCUAUGUGGAGUGGCCUCUUCACUCAUUUAACAGAAUCUUGGAAUAACUUCAAAGGUUUAGAUCCAAAUUAUACAACAUGGAUGGACCUGAUGCAAAAGCAUGGCUACCGAACUCAGAAAUAUGGGAAACUAGAUUAUACUUCGGGACAUCACUCAGUGAGUAACCGUGUGGAAGCUUGGACAAGGGAUGUUGAUUUCCUGCUCAGACAAGAAGGCAGACCCAUGGUGAAUCUUACUGGCAACAAGACAUUUGUGAGAGUAAUGGAAAAAGAUUGGCAGAAUACUGAUAAAGCAGCAAGUUGGAUAAGGAAAGAAGCCACUAACUUUAGUCAACCAUUUGUUCUUUACUUGGGAUUAAAUUUACCACAUCCAUACCCGUCACCCUCUACAGGGGAAAAUUUUGGGUCCUCUACAUUUCUGACAUCUCCCUAUUGGCUUGAAAAGGUGACGUAUGAAGCCAUUAAAAUUCCAAAAUGGCCUCCUCUUUCAGACAUGCACCCAAUAGAUUAUUAUUCUUCUUACACCAAGAAUUGCACUGGACAGUUUACAAGGAAAGAAAUCAGAGAUAUCAGAGCAUUUUAUUAUGCUAUGUGUGCAGAGACGGAUGCCAUGCUUGGUGAGAUCAUUUCAGCUCUAAGUGAUACAGGACUUCUUAAAAGAACCAUUGUUAUAUUCACAGCAGAUCAUGGAGAACUUGCUAUGGAACAUCAGCAGUUUUAUAAAAUGAGCAUGUAUGAAGCAAGUUCCCAUGUUCCUCUUCUAGUUAUGGGGCCAAGCAUUAAAGCUCAUCAUCACCUAUCAAAUGUGGUAUCUCUUGUAGAUAUUUAUCCAACUAUGCUUGAUAUAGCUAGAAUUCCUAUCCCGCAGAAUCUCAGUGGAUAUUCCUUGAUACCAUUGUUGGCUGAAAGGGCAGAAGAUGAAGUCUCAUCCAGAAGGCUGCACCCCACAUGGGUCCUGAGUGAAUUUCACGGAUGUAAUGCGAAUUCUUCCACCUAUAUGCUUCGAACUAACAAAUGGAAAUAUAUAGCAUAUUCAGAUGGGCAUUCAGUACCUCCUCAGCUCUUUGAUCUGUCUGCUGAUCCAGAUGAACUGACAAACAUAGCCACAACAUUUCCAGAAGUCUCACAUUCCUUGGACAAAAAGCUUCGCUCCAUAGUAAACUAUCCAAGAAUCUCUGCCUCUGUGCACAAGUACAACAAGAAGCAAUUUAUCAGCUGGAAACAAAGUUUGGGACAGAAUUAUUCCAAUGUUAUAGCUAAUCUCAGAUGGCAUCAGGACUGGUUAAAAGAACCAAGAAAGUAUAAAGAUGCAAUUCACAGGUGGCUCCAAAUGAACACUAAUGAAUAAAGUAACUGCAACAAGGGAUUAUUGACUGCCCUUAUAGUAACAAUUUUUAUUAAAUGAGCACAGUGAACGCACUCAGGAAAGGAAUAUAUGCAGUUGUAAUUGCAACACUAUAUAAUUCAUAACAUCACAAUUUGUUUGCUAAUUUAAGAUAGCAAUCCAUGAAAAUAAAGCUCACGCAAGCUUUUAUAUCCGU